AUCUAGAAGUACUAAUAGUAGAAAUAACCAAUAUAGAAAAUAAAUAUGAAGCGAUCCAAAGGAUGCCAAAAACUAAAUUAGAAGAAGUAUAUGAACAGAUAAAAACUAUACCAACUCUACCACAAGAGAUACGAGAAAUACAAGAUAACGAAACACCUAGAGAAAAGAUUUAUACUUUUCUAAAUUGGCAUAAAGAACAACAAGAACUUACCAAACAGUAUUAUAAAAAUGAAAUAGCAGAACAAGAAAGAAAUUACCAAUAUAUAUAUGAUGAUGCUAUACAAAUACAACCAUCACAAUUUGUAAAUAUGCCGAUAGCUAAUAAAUAA